GGCCAGGGGGGGGGGGCAAUUCCUCAGCCUCGACUUUGCUAGGAGCCAGGUUCUGUGACCACCAUGUGAAAGUCGGACUUUUCUAAUGCCGAUCCCAAAUGGAUAACUGUUGCAUUUUGUGAUCUUCCCACCGCAGGUUUUCCUGUACAUGAUUUCUCAGGGGACACAACUUCAUUCACACGCUCUACUGUGACAAAAAUGAGCCGUCGUCAUCUUCUGCGUAAACCAGAGGCAUAAGGUCCGCUCGGCACAUGCCGCAAGGAACCGUUACUUAAAGUCUACGGAAAAUGGAUGUCUUGUAGCCUACUGUCGAAUUUUGCCACGGCUGCGCCUCCGGCAGCACUUCUAGAUGAUCGCAUGACUCUUGAUAUGGACGCGGUCCUGUCAGACUUUGUUCGGUCCACAGGGGCAGAACCGGGUCUGGCAAGAGACUUGCUGGAAGAAACUGCACAGGAUUUGUCCGGCUGCCUUGAAUGUUCCACUAUGCGAAACAGCUUUAGACAGGUGCACACAGCGAACCUCCCCCAGGUGUUCAACGAAGGCAAGUACCCCAAGACGCAGCAGCAGGAAAGAGAGCCUCCGCAGCAGGUGAACAAGAGCGAGCGGCCGUCUCUUCAAAGGCAGGAUGAUAUUGCUCAAGAGAAGAGGCUUUCUAGAGGGAUUUCUCACGCCAGCUCCGCCAUAGUCUCCCUGGCUCGGUCCCAUGUGGGCUGUGCUUAAGAAUGCGAUACUUCCCCUUUGGAGAUGCCCAUCUACAUUCCAGCUCCCAGAAUCUUAAGCUGCUAUAGCGAGGACUUCCGAGCUUUCAUCGAGGAACAGAUUUGGAUUGAAUAGCCGACCAUCGCUGUUGCUCUGGAACAAGCAGGUCGUCUCAACUGGUGGUCAACGGUGUGUACCAGUUGCAAACGGCUUCUUCCACUGGCAACCACGGGGGACGGAAAUUGCCUGUUACACGCUGCUUCUCUAGGAAUGUGGGGGUUUCACGACAGGGACCUCGUGCUGCGGAAAGCCCUUUAUACCAUGAUGAGGAGCGGCGCUGAAAGGGAGGCCCUCAAGAGGAGGUGGAGGUGGCAGCAGACCCAGCAGAAUAAGGAGUCGGGCCUCGUUUACACAGAAGAAGAAUGGGAACGGGAGUGGCACGAACUCCUGAAGCUGGCUUCGAGUGAACCCCGCACUCACUUCAGCAAAAACGGAGGCACCGGAGGGGGUUUGAUUCUGUCUCUGGAAGCAAAGCUUAACCUUCUGCACAGUUACAUGAAUGUAACCUGGAUUCGCAUACCUUCGGAAACACGGGCUCCUUUAGCUCAACCGGAGUCACCCACCGCCUCAGCCGGAGAAGACGUGCAGUCUUUGGCUGACUCCAUGGAUUCCGACCGGGAUUCGAUCUGUAGUAAUUCUAACGGCAAUAACGGCAAAAGCGGGAAGGAGAAAGAGAAACAGAGGAAGGACAAGGACAAAAACCGGGCCGACUCGGUCGCGAACAAACUCGGGAGCCUUAGCAAAACCCUCGGCAUCAAGCUGAAGAAGAACAUGGGGGGGUUGGGGGGGCUGGUGCACGGCAAAAUGAGCAGGGCGAAUUCGGGGAACGGGAAGAACGGGGAGAUCGUCGAAAAAGUGAAAGAGAAGAAGUCCAAGUCGCGGAAAGGAAGCAAAGAGGAAUCCGGCCAGUCAGCGAGCACGUCCCCCUCCGAGAAGACCACGCCCUCGCCCACCGAGAAGGCGAGCAUCUCACCUGUGGAAAAAACGAACUCCAGAUCUCCUUCCGAUAAGCAGCCGGACGCCUGGAAGUACAGUACCGACGUGAAGCUGAGCCUCAACAUUUUGAGGGCGGCCAUGCAAGGGGAGCGCAAGUUCAUUUUUGCAGGUCUCCUCCUGACCAGCCAUCGACAUCAGUUCCACGAGGAGAUGAUCGGCUUUUACUUGACGAGCGCUCAAGAGCGCUUCAGUGCCGAGCAGGAGCAGAAGAGGAAAGAGGCCGAGAAGAAGGCUGCUCUCAACGGGACGUCUUGUCGGAAGCUGGAGCAAGAGGGCUACUCGAGAGAGAAGCUGGACUCGUCUCCUCAGGGAAGGGCAUCGCCUGUCCUGCCUCAAAGCCAUACGACGCAACUGGUCUUAAAGUUUAAAGACCGCACUAGUCCCACGCCGGUGUCAUUUUCUUCACCUAGCAACAGCGCAAAGAAAAGCGGACCCAUCCCAGUAUCUGCCCACUACAGCCAUACGCCCCCCGUUCAACGGCAAAGUGUCAUCCAUUUGCACGAAAUGAACUCCAAACCAUCGAGCUUCCAAGACGACACCUACAAGCCGCUGGUUGGCACCUUGAAAACAUGCGCCACGUACCCGCAACAGAACCGGUCGCUGUCUUCUCAGAGUUACAGCCCAGCCCGGAUAGCUGGCAUCCGUACCGUCAACACCGUAGAAUCUCUGGCCUACGCUAUGCCCACGGACCACAAGUCGCAGACGUACACCAACGGGUUUAACACCAACGACAUUAGAGACUGCUUGGAAUAUGCUGACGAGGAGGCCCCUCAGACCUGGUUGAACAAUGACAAAAAUCGAGGCAGGAGCACAGUUUGCCCGAUUUAUUCGCUCCACCAGAACCGCUGCAAGAAGGAGAAUUGCUCCUUCUACGGUCGCCCGGAGACUGAGAACUAUUGUUCCUACUGCUAUAAGGAGGAGUUGAAGCGCAGGGAACGCGAAAGCAAGGGCCAUCGGCAUUGAAGCCGGUGGAGCGCUUCCCACGAAUAUUUAUUUCCUCCCAUUUUCUUACUUACCCAAGUGCAUGGCAAUGGAUUAUAGGAGGAAGGAAAACAGUAUCUAUGGGGAGAAAGGUCUAGCUUGCCCCACCCCCCCACCCUUCCACAGGGGUGUUUGGGGGGGGGAGGAUUAAUUUAUCAUAAAGAGUUUAUUAUUUUCCAUUUUGUUAGUGUCUUUUUUUUAAAAAAGAACAUAUACUGGUGAGCUGAAAGGUUGUUUACUCCUUUGUCAGUGCUGCGUAUAUGUGUGGUCAAAUUUUUACUAAUGGUGCCUGUAUUGACACUGACAGCACUCAGGUAGUAGAAAGAUAGGGAAAAAGUCAUAACUGGAGAAUACGGUAUUGUAAUAAGUGUCUGCCUCAUUCUAGAGAGCCAUCUCCGUUGUCGUCUUUUGAUGUAAUUUUUUUUCCCAUUGCUCUUUUCCCUGUUUUUGAGGAAAAGGGGGCAUCGUCCUUUUGCAUACAGUCCGUUCUAACACUCACAAACCCUUACCUUGCUAUAAGCGUUCGUAUUACUACAGUGCUACGGUUCCUCCACAGACGUACAAACGAAGGUCUGGAUUCAUGAGCAGAGCUUUUAUUUAAGUCGGGCAGAUUCUUGGGGAAUCGGGAUGCAAUCAAAAUUCCAGUUUUGUACUUCGCAGAAUCUCCAAGAACUUAAAAGGGCUUUCCCCCCUAACACGUCCCCCAAAUUAUAUUUUCUCUUGUAUUCUUUUGAGCGCUUUUCUGGCCCUUGUGUCUAAAAUGAGCAAUGUAAAAGGGUGAGGCAUCCUUUCACGAUGGAACGAUUACAGUCACGCAAGUUCCGUUCAGACCCAUUUGGUGCAAAUGAUAUACCUGAGAUGGUCUCUGGUUAACCUUAACCUGCAAUUGGCAGGUUUGAGCAAUACUGGUUAUUGGAUCCACAGUUCCUGAACUGUGUCUGUUCCUGAAUGUUGGUGCAUGUUAAGAUUUCAUUUUUUAAAAAAUUGCAGAUACGGCCUCAUGAAGAGUCACUGCGGGGGAUCAUUAGGAAAGGAAUUGAUAAUA